AUGGACUUAGACCUCAAGUACUCAUAUCAUUUUCUCUGUCUUUCUGCAUUACCAUCCAUUUUGGUCUCAAACACUACCUCCCCCUCCCUUGAAGUUGCUGUGCUCAAGGCCACCACCCACGAUGACGACCCCGUUGACUAUAGGGUCGUCCACGAGGUCCUCCUCCUCCUCUCCUCCAACAAGUUCCACGCCACGGCCUGUGCCCGUGCCAUCGCCAAGCGCAUAGGCCGCACGCGGAACUGGAUGGUGGCCCUCAAGUCGUUGAUGCUCGUCUUCCGGAUCUUCCAGGACGGCGACCCCUACUUCCCCCAGGAGGUCAUCCACGCCAUGAGACGCGGUGCCAAGAUCCUCAACCUCGCCUCCUUCCGAGACAAGUCGAGCUACACUAGCCGCUGGGACUUCACGUCCUUCGUCCGAACCUUCGCCCUCUACCUAAACGAGCGCCUCGAGUGCUUCCUCACGGGCAAACUCCAACUAAUGAGGCACGCCAAGAUAGGUCCAGGCAAGGACAGUAGGCGGCCUAGCGAGCCGGUUUUAGAUAUGAAACCGGCUAUGAUACUCGAUCGAAUCGCGUCCUGGCAGCGGUUGCUCGACCGGGCCAUUGCUACUCGGCCGACCGGUGAGGCCCGGGUCAAUCGGUUGGUCCAAAUGUGCUUAUACGACGUCGUUUUAGAGAGCUUCGGUCUUUACAAAGACAUCUCCAAAUUACAAUUCCAAAAGUGUGUGAAUGCAUACCACGCUUGCGCCAAAGCUGCAAAGCAAUUCAAAGAGCUAAACAACUUCUACAAUUUGUGCAAAAGCAUAGGAGUUGGGUGCGAUUUCGAGUAUCCAAGCGUUCAAUCAAUCUCGGAAGAUCGAAUUAAGGCUUUGCAAGAAUUCUUGAAUGAACAAUCUAUUUCUGUCUCACCCAAUCACAAGCCUACUAAAGAUAACAAUCUACCCUAUUUAUAA